AUGCCGAAGGCAGAGGUCGGGACACCCAAGUACUUGGCAAACAAGAUGAAGAGCAGGGGUCUGCAACGUUUGAGGUGGUACUGUCAGGCCUGUGAACGGCAAAUGCGGGAUGAGAACGGCUUCAAGUGUCACACCCAGACCGAAGCUCACGUCCGACAAAUGAUGCUCAUCGGCGAGAAUCCGCAAAAAUACAUCCAGGACUUUAGUCAACAGUUCCAGAGUGAUUUCAUCCAGCUGUUGCGGACUGCGCACGGUGAGAAGCGGGUCAACAUCAAUCACUUCUACCAGGAAUAUAUCGGCAACAAGGAGCACGUUCACAUGAAUUCGACGCGAUGGAAGACGCUGACUGAGUUUGCGAAACACCUUGGGAGGGAAGGAAUCUGUCGUGUCGACGAGACUGACAAGGGGUUUCAUGUUGCUUGGAUCGACAAUUCGCCUGAGGCGUUGCGACGACAGGCGGCCAUUCAGAAGCGAGAUAGACAGGAACGCGGUGACGAAGAUCGGGAGCAGAAGUCGCUGAAGGAGCAGAUUGAGAAGGCACAGAAGGAAGCGGAGGGGAUGGGGAGGAAGGAGGAAGACCAGGCAAGAGAACUGCAGAGAUCCGCUGACGAUGCGCCCAUCAGAUUGGCUCUUGCGCCGAAAGUUCCUUCGCCGCCUGCAAACGAUGAACCGACAGCAAUAGCUCCAGCAGAGAAGCCUGCAUCAACCGGAGGGUUCAUCAUGAAGCCCUUGAUGAAGAAGAACGUGUUCGCGGCGGCCAAGAAGGCUAACCCACUAGCAGCGAAAAAGACAGACGCGAAGCCAGCAGUAUCGAAGAAGCCUCUGUCGGCGGCUGAACAGAUUAUUCAGGAAGAA